CAGGUAUUAACGACAAACGACGACGAUUACAACAACAAUCCGACCCGGACCGGAAUUACAUAGCCAAAUACUCGCUCGCUCAUGGCACUGACUUUUUCGUCUCUUUGUUAACCAAUACAAUCCAGAACAUCGCAUCUGGAAUCAUGUCUGAAGGAGAGAAGUAUGAGGUGCUUGAGAAGAUCGGACAUGGAUCAUUCGGAGUGAUCAGAAAGGUACGAAGGAAGCAGGACGGCCAGGUGCUCUGUCGCAAGGAGAUCAACUAUGUACGGAUGUCGCAAAAAGAGCGAGAGCAACUUCACGCCGAGUUUGCGAUUCUUUCUUCGCUUCGCCAUCCCAACAUCGUCGGAUACUACCACCGAGAGCAUUUGAAGUCUACUCAGGACCUUCAUCUAUACAUGGAAUACUGUGGAAAUGGAGAUCUGGGGCGGGUGAUCAAGGACCUUCAGCUCAAGAAACAACUGGCAGAAGAGGGGUUCGUCUGGAGCAUGUUCGCACAACUCGUUACGGCAUUAUACCGAUGUCACUACGGUGUUGAUCCCCCUGAAGUGGGGAGUAAUGUCAUGGGUUUGGGCAACUCAGCAAAUCCCAAACCACCUGCUAGCAAUGUUAUGAUUCUGCAUCGCGACUUGAAGCCAGAGAAUGUAUUCCUCGGCGAAGAUAACUCUGUCAAACUUGGAGACUUUGGACUCUCCAAAAUUAUGGCCUCGCACGACUUUGCUUCCACAUACGUUGGCACUCCAUUCUACAUGUCCCCUGAGAUAUGCGCCGCAGAGCGAUACACUCUCAAAUCCGAUAUCUGGUCACUGGGUUGUAUCAUCUACGAAUUAUGCUCCCGGGAACCGCCCUUCAACGCCAAGUCGCACUUUCAGUUAGUGCAAAAGAUCAAGGAGGGAAAGGUCGCACCAUUACCAGCAGUCUACUCGCCAGAGCUGAACGCAGUCAUUAAAGAUUGCUUGAGGGUUAAUCCUGAUCGACGGCCAGAUACUGCCACAUUACUUAACCUUCCCGUCGUUAAGCUGAUGAGAAAGGAAAAGGAAGUUGUGGAGCUCGGGAGAAUGCUGAAAAAUAAGGAAGAAUUGGCAGCGAGGAGACUACAAGAUGCUGAGAAUAGGCUGCGCAAUGUCGAAGCUGAGAAGGCACAGAUGCGCCAAGAAAUCGAGUCUACUGUUCGAAGGGAGUGGGAAGUUAAAGCACAACUGGAGAUCAAUCGCCUCGUCCAAGUGGAAAUCGAGAGGCUGCAGAAGAAAUUCGACCAUGAGGUACAAGAAAAAGUGGAACAUGAGGUACAAAAGCGAUCAAGUACAAACAGUCGCUCCUCUGCCAAGGAAAUUUCUGGAUCAGGGAUAUUGGACGUGAACGAUAUUCCACUAUCGUCUGUCAGCUCGAAUGGGGGUGACGAUUUCCCGAACUCCACGGAUUUGACGGACCUGUCGAUCGACUCUCCUGAGCCAAACAAGGCGCUCAAGAAAAGUGCUCGAACUCCCUUUGGUCGAGCUCAAACGAUGUUUGCUGGCACGCCAAUGGACAUUGAAAUGGCCGAGCCAUCACCAAUUUCCAUUGCCUCAUUAUCAUUGUCACCUCGUCGCGCGGGCGCCACAAAAGCGCCCAGCACGGGACGCAACAUAUUCGCUGCUGCCGCCGGAGCUGAAGCUCGCUGGCAGCCGACCCUUCUCACUUCCGAUGAAUCAGAUGAUGAGGAUCUCCCACCAAUGUCUUCACCAACUAGACAAAAGUCUACAAAAAACCCCUUCAAAUCCAAUGGUGUCCGACCACCUUUGAUUUCCCAAAGGACUGCACCGAUUCAGAAACAGGUCUCACAGCCUAGCAUCUUCGCUGCAGGAAAAGCCAACACAGCUCCGUCAUUACCUACACUUUCCAGCGCACCAGACCUCCGACCACAAUCGAGCCAGGCUGCCCUUCGAGAACGAAGCAACUCACCGAAUCGGAGGCUCUCCAAGAUCCCGUCCUCGACCAAUCUCUUGUCUCAUGAAAACGCACCAACCUCGCCACAGCGGAAGACCAGUUUGACAAAGAAGGCUGUUGGUGGUGAUGACCUGACCAAGAUGGCAGUCAAGAACAACAUGGCCAUCAAAGCAACUAGUUCAAGCAAUCUUGCGCCUAAAGGUCGAACCCUCGUCGAACUAGCACAAGCCCGAGCAGGUGGCCGACCUAUCUCAGAACUUCCGGACGGAAACAGAAGUCCCGAGCCAAAGGGUCGUGCAUUCGCGGCUCGGAUGGCGGAACGAGCAGGAGACCCAAUGGUCUGGGAUCCAGAACGAGAUGAGAUGCCCAGUCCAUUCUUAGUGCGGACUCGACAGCCAAUACGAAGAUUGUAAAGAAUUGCAGAUAAUGAACGUGAUGAUUACCUUUUAAUCAUUGGAUAGAUGGGGCAAAUAGGGCUGGGAUUAGGAGAUGGAGAUGGACACAUUACACAGGUCUACCGUGUACCUUUCUUUUGUCAGAACAAACACCAUUGCAUACACGGGUUAUUGGGAGCAAAAUAUGCCUACCUGGGUACUCUGCUCCUCGAGAGUAGGGAGGAGUUGCGGUGUAGUGGCGUUGGUUGGAUACGGGGUGCGUUUCUAUCCUUUUUAGUCAGCUGGGUUGGGAUAUGCUGUAUUUUACCUGGUUGCGAACUGGUUGCUUGGUUGGUCGGGGUUCGGUUAGCAGUACGCUGUGUGGGAGUGUGAUUACCUCUUGUGAUUAACAUAGACCCAUACCGGAAUUGGAAACCAAAACAAACUCACACACCCACACUCAACGUCGCGCUUGUACUUGUACUCUUACUUGAUAUGCCAUCCAGUGUUCCUACAAGCUCUCGUGAUCAAAAGAAGCCUUCCAGGUUCUGAGCUAAGCGAGGAAUUCAAAAACAAAACACCACCAGCAUAG